GGCAGAUAGCCGUAACCAAAGGCUAUCCUAAGGUAAAUAAAUCACUUCACUUUUAUCGGCGGGUUUUUGCAGCCCAAGACUUUGUCUCUCCUUACAUUCGCAUCAGUGCGUCCUCCGUCACCGCGGCGGAUAUGCUCAUCGUCUGGAAGGAAACGCGGUUAAGAUAAGAAACCAAAAUGAGAUUUAUCUUCUUAACAAUCUACGUCUUCGCGACCGGCGCUGUCAUCGUACGAGGGGCGGAUCACGUUGUCAAGACCACUCUGGGAGAUGUGCGCGGAACUCCGAUUAGGAUCGACAACACCGAGAUUGUGGGCUUCCUUGGCUUGCCGUACGCUCGGCCCCCGACGGGAGAGCUUCGCUUUCGGAAACCAGUUGAACCCGCGCCAUGGAAGGACACGCUGAACGCCACCUCGGUACCGCCGUCUUGCAUGCAGCCCGAGAACGUGUUUCUCAGCGCUGGCUUCCAGGACGAGAGCCACCACAGCGAGGACUGCCUCUACCUGAACAUAUGGGCUCCAACGUUCAGCGAAGCUUCACUGUUCGCCGUCUUCAAAAGGCCGGUCCUGGUUUGGAUUCACGGUGGGGCCUUCAUCAUGGGAUCUGCGAGUCACAGCUACAACAACGGUUCCGUGAUCGCGGCCCACGGGGACGUGGUGGUCGUCGCGAUGAACUACCGGCUCGGCGCUUUCGGCUUCUUCACGGCGGACACGGAGGACGCUCCAGGCAACCUGGCAUUCCAUGACCAGCUAAUGGCCCUCAAAUGGGUUCACGCCAACAUCCAGAACUUUGGUGGUGACCCCCAAAGGGUGACCCUCAUGGGAUCUAGUGCGGGCGCUAUUUCAGCAAACUUUCACCUUCUCUCACCGCUCAGUCGAGGCCUGUUCCAACGUGCGGUUCUUCAGAGUGGGUCUCUGUUUUCGGCGAGAUACCUGACAAACGCCCAAGACGCGGUGCGAACGUCCAACGAGUUCGCGGAAGCGAUAGGUUGUACGAACGAUAUCGACAAGGAUCUCGUAUCCAAACCGAGCUUGGUCCUGCAAUGUCUUCGGUCGAAGACUCAGGAUGAAAUCCUUCGGGCCCACGUGGAAUUUUCUACAGGUACAAUAAUCAGCAUGAGGCCGAUCUAUGGAGACGACUUCAUGCCAAAAUCUCAUUUGCAUCUUAUUGAACGUGGCCAGUUCCAAAACGGCGAAGUCCUCAUGGGAACCAACCUCGACGAAGGCUCUCUGUUCCUUUUCCUGGGGUUUCCGCACCUGUAUCCGCUCAAGAGUACGAGGAACGUGUCCAGGGAGGACACCGAGAGCGUGGCCCGCAUUCUCUUUCACGCUUUUCACUCUCCAGUGCCGACGGACGUGUUCGAUGUAUACUUCGAUGUCGGUAGCACGGACGGCGAGAAAAUGCGGCAAGACCUGAUCGACCUGGUAGGAGAUCUGCUUUUCGUGUGUCCUACGGUUCACUUUGCCGACCGGUACGGGAGCGAGGGCAACAAGGUCUACUACUAUUUGUUUGAGCAUCGUACCACGGACAGCAUUUGGGGACACUGGAUGGGCGUGCCCCACAGCGACGAAGUGCAGUACAUGUUAGGGAUGCCCGUGAGGCUUCCCAAACAUUACACGCGGGAGGAAGUGAAGUUUUCGAGGGACCUCAUGGACAUGUGGAUUGCCUUUGCUAAAACUGGGAAUCCAAGCUCCAAGGGACUGCAGUGGCCUCCAUUCCGGGGAAGCAACGGCACUUACCUAUCCCUGAAACCGGGGCAAUACGGGCUCGGUUCUGAGCUCCGGUUAGCGCAGUGCCGGUAUUGGAAGAAGCAUCUCAAGUAUCCGCAGAAGGACAACGCGGGCCAUCUGGCCUUGCAGAACUUUCCGGGCAAAGUGCUCUGGUACUUUGGAAACGUGCUCUCGAGCUUGAGUAAGUUCUGGACAAAAGUGAAAUCGUAUAGCAGAAAGAUUAUUUAAAUAGGCUGAUAGCGGAACACUACCCCGCCACAAUAAAUGAAUUAUAUUGUCACUCA